AUGGAACGCCGCUUGCGAACGAAUUGGGGUUCUUACGCCCUACUGCUGCUUGCUUUAGUAGCCACUUCGGUAACCUGUUUCGAUAGAACGCUCGGUGAUGAAGUCAUCCGGCUAGCGGGGUCCCUCGGUGAGGAUGUGGCCGACUGGCCGACACAGUUUCACGAACCCUCCGCUGUCUCCGCUGCCGAUGUGAAUCCUUUCCUCUGGAUGCUGCACCAUUUAGAUGAGCCUGCUGACCGUAUCGAUACACAUCACUAUUCUAGGCUACCGGAGGCGGUCGGUGCAUUUGGCGGAUCGGAUCAGCGGGAAACCGCCACGAUCGGUGGCCAGGAUCGUGAGUCAUUGGAAUCGGACGCAGAAACGUUUGUCGAUGAGCUGGGCUCGAAUCCGGACGAACGACAACCACCAUCGUCUGUGCAUCGACCCGGACUGACACCCCCGUAUCGUCCUCCCGCUGCCAGUCAACAUCCCGAUGUGGAAACGUUGAACGAUAACCGUCGGCCACCGUUCGAUACGAGCUCACUGUUCCAACAUCACUUCAAUACGUUCUUCAAUACGCCGCUCGAGACGGGCUUCUUCGGUGCGGGCGGACUGCCAGGCUUUGGCUUCUUUGACACCCAUGCCAACCGUCCUUGGUGGAAAGGAGAAAACGUUUGUACCGAGCGCGAAGAAAAGGAGGAAGAUAUUGCCUCGUCCGACAAUGAGGAAGUUUCGGUCAACGGUGGCUCCAAUGGCGGAAGCAGCAGCAGCUUCGGUUUCCAUGGUUUCAGCACAUUCAAUUUGAACGUUCAAUCAUGUGCUGAAAAGCAGCAUAAAUAUGUUUGCACUUCGAUCAAAAAUGUUAACGGACGCAAACGUACAGAAAAGAUUACACGCCAAUGCUGUCACGGAUUCGGUCGACCGCGCAGUGGACCACCGAACGCCCAUUGUCAAAAGCUGGACCUGUACUCUAUGGAGGAAACGGUCGAGCGGCUCGGUGCAAAAGAAUUCAUCUCCACGCUAAAGAAGAGCGGUCUGGAAGCUACGCUGGAGAACGAUGUGACGCUAUUUGUUGUACCGGACAAUGCCUACACUAACUUCGCUGAACAGAUGUGGGAAAAUAACCUGGUUGCCUUUGAUCCGACGGCACGUGCCAAACGGGCGAUCGAUUUCGCCAGCAUGACCGCCCGGGACAUGAUACUGGGCCACACGGUGAACGGAUCGUACUACAUCGAGGAUAUAAGCAACGAGCAGCUGCUCAAGACGGAUCUGCCCGGAACUAACAUUCGCAUCAACAUCUACCCCCGGGGCCCAACGUCCUCGGCACGUGAUCAGUCGUACACAGAGCAUCCGUACCGCUACACGGCCAAUUGUGCACCGCUGCUGAAAUUGAACCGUGUUGCCGAUAGGGGCAUUGUGCACGUCGUCGAUCGGGUGCUGGUACCGGCCCGCAAUACACUUAUGGACAUCAUUGAGGCUCGCGACGACAUGACGCUUAUGCGCACAUUCCUGGAGAUGACCGGGCUGGACAAAAUGUUACGCGAACAGGGUGACGACAAGCACUUCACCAUCUUUGCUCCGAACGAUGAUGCUUUCCUGAAGCUGGAUAAAGACAUCCGGCGCAAACUGAAGGCAGGCAAUGGAUGUGCCAUGAACAUUCUCAAGAACCAUAUACUGGACAUAACAUUCUGCUCACUCGCGGCCGUUAAUGGCGUGAAGACGUCCACGUACAACAUGCUGAACGAGAAGCUCGAGUUCGAAUACGCCAUGGUGGGCAAGACGCGUGCACCGAUGGUGGUGACCGGUGACAUUGUUGAAACGGGCGAAACGAUCGAGGACGAAGGCAAAAAGACACAACGUAUCCGCAUUAACGGGCAGGCAACGAUUGAGGAAAGUGAUGUGAUCGCUAGCAAUGGCGUGCUGCACGUGAUUGACAGCGUUCUGCCAACCGAAAGCGGUAUGCCGAUUUCGAACACGCUGGCCAAUCACAAUUUAACCAUAUUCAAGCAACUGCUCACCGACGCUGGUCUGGAGGAGGAGUUUGAUGCCAUGUCCAACCGGACGUUCUUCAUACCGACCGACCAAGCGUUUGAGCAAACGGAAGCAGGACGUUACUGGAUCCGGCAGCUAAAGGAGCAUCCGGAAAGUUUGCGCGGAAACAGCGCACUGAAGGAGUUCCUCGAGUAUCACGUGGCGGAACCGCUGAUCAAAACCUGUGCCCUGGAGGAGACAAGCGUCCCGACAAAAGCUGGUCAAAACGUUCGCGUUAAUCUGUACACUACGAAUCCCGUAUUCACGACGGUUAUGAAUCGUGCAACUGUCAACUGUGCUCGGCUGGUACGCUUCGACGAGGAAACUUGUGGAUCGGUGGUGCACGAAAUCGAUAAAGUGUUGGAUGUCCCCAAGAUGAAUUUGAUGGAUGCUCUUAGUGCCAACCCAGAGUACAGCAUGUUCCAGCGCUUGGUGAGUCUGACCAAUCUGACCGAGAUGCUAACGUCUCCCGAUGCCGGGUUGACGGUGCUAGUGCCAAAGAAUGACGUAUUCCUCGAGGUAGACUCGUGGUAUCAGGCAACGCUGCAAAACCAGGACGAGCUGGAACGCAUCAUUCGCGCCCAUAUCCUGCCAAACGUGAUCUGCUGUACCGGAAUCGUACCUUCUGAAUGGCCGUUCGUGCGCACCACCGAAACGAUCAGCGGACAGCAGUUGAAGCUGAACCGUAACCGUCGACCACAGGUACAGAAUGCCGGUAUUACCAAGUGCGAUGUGGUGGCCCGCAAUGGUAUCAUUCAUGAGAUUAACGAUGUGAUCAACGUGCAGCCACAGCGUGCCACCGACGCGGUGGGUGCUAGUUCUGGCAAUCCGUUCGAAAGCUUCGGUAGCUUGGCACGUCCGCUUCCUUUCUGGUUUAAGUGAG